AUGUAUAUCUCUUCACUUUUUGCUGCCCUAGUAGGGAUUGCUUCUUCGGUUUCAGCAGCACCGCAAAGCCAUGACGAGCGCUCGGCCGUUCGCGUAGCUGGACCAGCUGAGCGAAAGAUCCAGAGGAGACAGUUCCUCGACCCGUUCACCGGCGCCGUCCAACCCCUGCUCCUGGGGCCGCCCAUCCAGCAGACAACCAUCACGGUCAUUCAGAACAACAAUCUCGAUGUCAUCGACGAGUUGACCCAACUUGCCGAGAGGCAGUUCGGUGCCCUGAUCCAGUCGCAACUUGCGCUGGUCGCUCAGCUACAGACUAUCAAGAAUAAUAUCCGAAUUAACCACUUCAGAUCCCGGUUUACCCAAGUUAACACCGUCAUCGUGACUGUCACCAAUGUCCUGGACCGCAGAGACGGAAGCGCCGGCACCAACCGCUACCUUAUCAACCAGCUCCUAGCAGACAACGGCGUAUCCGACCGGAACAUCGUAAUCAUGGUUUCCGACAUCGAUACCAUGACCAUCCAACCCACCGCCACAGGCUCCUCCCUCACUUCAAGAUCCACGGGCCUCCCCUUCUUUGACCUCAGCACAUUCGACCCCCUCGCCCCCUUCGGCUCCCUCAACCAGAGCGUCAUCCUCCCUUCCGGCACGGAAGCCCCGACACUUGACCUCGUAUUCCCGGAUCCAGCGUCCAUCAUCUUCGCCAACCAGGCCGCCUUUGUCGAGAACCCUGUCACGUUCUUCCAAAGCUGCGCGGUUUUUGCUGCCAACGGAAAUAGCUUCGUUAACCUCGCCGGUUCCUUCUUCACCUCGUUCCAGCAGAUUGCGGCGGCUCAGCUGGCUGGGCUUCGAGCGCAAUGGCUUCUUCGGUUUUUGGGAACUGCUACGGCAUCGGCGACGUCGACGACGGGGUCAACAGCAACAUCAACCUCGGAGACCACGACAUCUACAGCGAAGUAA